CGAAAUUAAUUUGUUGGAUCCAGAAUCUUGCAGAACGACAGACAAAAUCGCAAAUUUGCAUCGAUUCGAGAAAGUUUACGGCGACAAAAACUUGACGUGAAAAUGUCGGAAAAUCGCGAAGAGAUUUUGGCGAAUUUUCAGAGCAUCACAGCUAUCGACGACGUCGCUGUGGCCAUUUAUCACUUGGAGGAAAAUGAUUGGGAUUUAUUGACGGCUGUUAAUAACGUAUUGGGCUCACAAGAUGUUCCUCCGCCGCCUCAGAUGCCCGCACCGAUACCCAUGGAUCUCGAACAGAGCGGAAAUUCCGGAGCGGGCGACGUUUUGAUCACAGCUCCAUCCUCGCCCUACAGACACCCGACAAAUCCAGCGACGUUGUUUAACAAUGCAGCAUCCGCUUUUAGUGCAUUUGGUGCAGAUUUCGCAUUUGAACCGUAUUCGACGAAUUACGAGUACGGAAAUUUCUUCGAUUUUAGUCCAGCGUCAGCAAGCAACAAUGCGUCUUCAGUAGGAACGCUCUUUGAGUCUCUGGCAGCUGGAGGUCCAUCUACCUCGCGAGGCACUUCAACGUCCUUCGGCAACGGCGAGACGAAAAAUUUGGAGGAUCAGGAAACGCAGGAAAUCACUUUUAACGUUCACUUCAACGGGAGAGUCUAUAAAAUUCCCAUUUCCAACACUCGCACGAUCGCAGAUCUCAAAAAUGAAGUGCAAACCGCAACCGGAGUUCAAGUUUGCCGUCAAGCGUUGAAGGGAUGGGCAGAUAACGUGCAACGCAAUGCCCAAAAAUCGAAUACCGUGUUAAAAACACUUCAUUUGGAGAAGCAAACUGAUGUUAUUUUGACAGAUUUGUCUGGCGAAGGGUUUUUAAGUGAUAUGAGUAAUGGCUUGAACAACGGAACACGUCCCGAAAACCAAAUCUACACGCUCAACAUCACAAUUAAAGCCACGGGCGAGCUUAAACAACUCAAAUUUCACGGGAACCAAACAAUUUUGGCGGUCAAAACAGACGUUUAUACCGUCACAGAUAUCCAAGUGCGUCACCAAAAGUGGAUUGGCUGGCCAAAUGGUGUCUCAAACUCAAUGAUACUCGCUGACACGGGCAUCGGCAUCGAACAUAACUUUACACUCGAGUCGACGCGUGACGUGAGAAACGAAUCCGGAAGCUCUCACAACACCACGGGCGGAAAUGUCGUGGAAAUUGACUCGGAAAGUGAGGAAUUUGAGGAUGCCGAGGGCUUUGACGACGACAUUUUCACGGAUACAGUGACAAGUAGUCGGAAUCGCUUGAAAAAUUUGAUUCCUGAUAAAGUUGACGAUGAAACUGUGGGCUGUAUGGAAUUUAUACAGAACUAUGAGGAGCGUUACGGGAUCCAGCAUCCAGUUUUCUUCCAAGGAAGUCUCGAGGAAGCUGUUAAAGAGGCCUGUCAAAAAUCUGCGAGAGAGCGCAAAUUACUCGCAAUUUACUUACAUCACGACGGAAGCGUACUUACGAAUGUCUUUUGCGGGCAACUUUUGGGACACGAAUCCAUCGUUACGAUGUUCCUCGAUAAUUUUGUCGUGUACGGAUGGGAUUUGACAAAUGAACAUAACAAAAACUUAUUCCUCACAUCGAUUUCGAUUUGUGUAAACCAGGCGGCGGCAAGUACGGUCCGUAGCAUUCCCACAGAACAUAUGCCAACGAUAUUGUUAGUUGCGAAAAACAGAAGCCAGUGCGAAAUUUUCUCUGUGAUACAUGGAAACAUUGGUCUCGACGACCUCUACAGCUCCCUAAUCGAAGCACGUGAAAGUUAUGCCGAACAAAUGCGCAUCGAAAUUCGCGAAGAGGACGAACGCCUUGAACGGGAACGCGUCAAGAUGGAACAAGACGAAGCAUAUCAAGAAUCCCUCUCAGCAGAUCGUGCCAAGGAAGAGGCACGCAAGCAAAAAGAACUUAUGAUGGCGACGGAACGUUCGCGCCUCGAAUCUGAACGCGCAGAAAUACUUGCCAGAAAGGAGUCGGUGCGACAAGAAGCGGAACGUGCAUUGCCGCCAGAGCCUGAACAACUUUCCGGACCGGAAAUCACGAAAAUUCGCAUCCGCACGACAGAUGGCAUGAUUGAGAGGCGCUUCUUGGCGACAGAUACGUUACAGACACUUUUGAAUUACGUUACCUCCAAAGGAUUUCCAGUUGACGAAUACAAACUUAUUUGCACUUUUCCAAAGCGUGAACUCACCGGAAUGGAUGUCACGAAAAGCCUGAAGGAGCUCAAACUUUAUCCGCAAGAAACUUGCAUCUUGGAAGAACGAUGAUUCAUUGCGGAAGACCACAACUCUUAACUUUAACACUUCUAUCGUACUAUAUCUUCAACAAGAAGCCCUCUUUCUAUCAAAAUUGCUUUAAAACUUCACAUUAUCAAGACAUAUGUACAGCUUUUCAACUUUUUCGUAGGACAGGAUUCUUUUUUCUUUCAUUUUUGUCUCUCAACAGGAAAAAAAACUAAAUAAACAGAGAAAAAGGGGCUUAAAAACUUUGCGUGAAGGACUAGAAAUUAAAGAGAUUGAUUUAAUGCAUAAUUUAACUAAAAUAUAUGAAAUUAAAAUGUAAUAAUAUUAAUGAAUAAUUAUAAUUAUCACAAAAAAAUUGU